AUGAAGUCGUAUCUGUUCCAUAGAUUCGGUCUGAUUUCACGUCGCGAUUCGUAUUUGGCUCGUCAGAGUGAAGGCUCAAUAACACAAAGCGCAUGGCAGGAGAUGGGUAAAGAGAGUCCUCUGAAAGUGCGUUUGAAAACAAUCGAUCAGUUACGAGGGGUUCUGCAGAAUCGUCGAUUGCAAUUCAGCACGCUUGAAGCGAUUUAUUUGGAAACAAGCGAUUUGUUAGAAGUGGAAGAUGCAAAGGAAUCCGUGCUGAAAAUGUUAAUCACACUAACGAAACAUCAAAUCGACCAGAUCGGUUUAGCACUUCGCGAUACUUUUUUUAAGGUUCGAUUUUUUGAAGGUUUUUUGUGGUCGGUCAUUUUGUUAGUUGUUGUUUGUUAUAUAUCAAUAUUUGCAAUCGUUUUUAUUUCAGUAUUUAUCAUUAUUGAGUUUAUAUAG